GGAUCAUGUCAGUAUGCGAGAAAAAGCACGCUUCGUACUUUUUGCGGUCUACACGUGCGGUUUCUCGCAUGCGUCGUCACACAAGCGAGAUUUGCCAGUACGUAAAGAUGGCCGGUAAAGAAAAGCACUGAAUCAGACUAAUCAGACAUUGAACAACCGGCCCUUAGUACGAAAAACAAAAGGUUGGCAACAGUGUCGGUAACAAACUGUCAAUCAUUUUUGUUUUGUUCGGAGGGAUCGCGUCUACAGCUCGUUUUGACGUCUUUGAAUUGUUUUGAUGUAACGACGUGUUUGAAGCAAUUUUAGGAGGCAAUAUUUAUUCCAAUUUAACAAUAUUAAAAUGAAAAGAUUCGACUACGGGAAACGCUUUAAAUCAAUGUUAAACCGUGAAAUCGCUUUGGAAAAGCACGAAAUUGCACUAAGCAAAUUAAGUUCUAAGUACCACGAAAAACUGGAAAACUUGGAAAUUCGUUAUGCGCAACAGAAAAAGAAAUUUUGUAUCAUUAAACAAUGCAUACAACAGCGCCGACAAAAUUACGAUCAGUUAGAAGAGAUGAUAAAAUACUACUCGCAGUUGGUGGAAACAACCGAAAAUCGCCUACGGUUACUUUUUUCACCGUUGGAUGAAAUACAUUCGUUAAAACUAGCCACCAAUACCUUCAUUAACUUGCGAGCUCUUCCUGAAAGAAUACAGGGUGUUUCAGUACGAACAACAAAAUAUAGUCCUAGCUGGAAUCCAUUCUGCGUUGAGCCUCUCAGUCAUACGCCAGAAGAGCUACAAAAGAUUAUAUGGGGUGAUUCAGAAAAUGCUGCAUCUUAUAGUGAAGCUUGGGAGCAAUUAGUAUUUCGUUCCGUACGCGAAAUGCUGCAAAAAAAGAGCUGAGCACCGAAGAAUUUCAAUAUUAGUUAAUUUUAUGAUAAUUUUCUGAUAAGAUAUUGUUAAGUUAAAUACAUAGGUAUAUUAAAGUAAUUUCGAAACUAUCCAAAUAUUUAACUAUAAAUCAGCUUUAUAAUUUUGGAAACAACAUAUAAAUUCAACAUUUUGUGCACAAAUUUUGUUUUAGAUGUUAUCUCUACAUUAAACUAAUAAACAUGUACAAUCUAAUAACAUCGUAAUAUUUUUCCAAUAGCGGUCACCGCUCUGGAGAUUGAAGCCUGGCCAAGCACCUAAAGAAAUAUGUUGAGCGCUAAAAUGUUUUUUAAGAAAUUCUAAGUUUCAUCAAAGUUUAGUUAAGAUGGCAUGUUAGUGCGCCAAGGUCUACAAAAGUUUUUGAUAAUUUGGAAAAAUUUACCAGAAGUCACCGAAAGAAAAACGUACAGAAAACAGCACUGGAAUUACAUGUCUUUUAUUGUACAAUAGUCACAUAACUUAGCUCAUCACUAUUGUGAUUUCUAGUGCGUCGCAAAAUAUGCCCCAUAGUUCGAUUUUAAGUGC